AUGAUCUUUGCUGGUCUGAUUGUAUGGAGAGGAGAAGCAAAACCAUUCCAAGCUUUUCCUGAGUCGGGGGAUGAAUCUACAACUGAGCAGUUGUUACCGCCUCUACUGCUUCCUGGACGCACCACACAUUCGCGAAUGUUCCCUCAACAGCAUUCUUUUGCAUACUCGUACUUUUCUGUGGGAGUGCCUGUAGACUUCAAGGGAUGUUCUGGGUCUAUGUUGUCUACCAAUCUGGAGUUGCUGCCUCUGAGUGAGCGAAGGAAGGGCUGGUUCAACGUGAAUGCUUCGGACUAUCUGUAUCGAGGUGGAGAAGAGCGUGGACUUGAAGCGCGUCUGCGGUGCUACCUUCGUGGAGAGGGCGUCCCGGAUGAAGUCUGGUCUUUCGCUUAUCUCGUGACAGCGCCAAAAUUCUUGGGCUACUCAUUCAAUCCAGUAUCAUUCUGGUACAUCUACGAUACUUCCAAGAAGCUCACUAUGAUGGUACUCGAAGUCAACAACACUUUCGGAGAGCGUCGCCUCUACCUCCUCAAAGCUGAGGAGAAAGCCACAGAUGAAUCUGUCCCAGAUGGCUUCGAAGCACCCGCCAGAGCGACAAAGUUCACAAAUGCUUGGGUCAAAGAUUUCCACGUCUCGCCAUUCAACUCACGCAAAGGCACAUAUUCUCUUACAGCUGCUGAUCCAGUUGCUGCUCUGAAGUCUGGUGCCAAGGUGUUGGACAACAUCGUUGUUCUCAAUUCUUCCAAAGCUCAUGCCAAACUUGUUGCACGUGUGUACUCUGAUGGCGAUCACAUGGAUCCAACCACCAUGACUACUUCUCAAGUUAUCAAUCUUCUCGCAUCUUGGUUCUGGGUCGGCUUCUUGACGUUCCCUCGAAUCAUCGCACAAGCGUAUAAACUAUAUUUCAAGCGCAAACUCCACGUCUGGUUUCGACCUGAGGUUUUGGCUUCAAGUAUUGGUCGCACACAUACCUCUUCUGAAGCCAUCAUGGAAGCUUUCUUCCUUGCCUAUCUUGGCUAUCUGGUGGAUUCGGCAGCUUCGCCUUUGAAACUCACGUAUACACCAGCGGGCGGCCUGGGGACUUCAACCGUCUUGAGGUCCAAGGAUGUCACAAAAGAUCAAAAACCCAAGGAACUGACACUCAAAGUCCUAACACCAGCUUUCUACACGAGAUUUGCACAUUACGCACACACCACUGAAGCUUUUGAUCGCGAGAGCCUGCAUACCUCCCCACAGAACCAAACACUGGUUAUCGAGAACCCCGAGCACCUUUCUAUACUCCUUGGCUCCUCUACUCCUAGCCCAGUGGCAUCCAACUUCAACACCCUCGAACAAUACCGUUGGCAUCUGCUCCAGCGUCUUCGCUCCCCACCUCCUGCAACCGCAUACCCUGAUACACACACCGAGCUGCACGACCUGGCCAGCGUGAGUGAUAUUCGUCGCCUGCCUCUUUCACCUCUCGACAAGUUUGUUCUCUCCAACUUCGCCAACGAUGCAAAGAGUACAGUUAUGAAGAUUUUCAUCGCUGAUACCUAUCUCUUUGGCUUUGAGGGGUUGAUUGGUGUGUUUGACAUUUUGGUCAGAGUGCUUUUGGUGAUGGUGUGGUUUAAAUGGUUUACUGGUGGGGAGGUGGCAAACAAAGCUGUUGGAGAGAUGCUAAUGAGGUGGCUUGGGGUUGGUGGAUUGCAUCUGUGGGAUUUUAUCAAGCGUAUUUGA